AUGAAAGAAGAAAAACUUCAUAUCAUGAUGUUAUCAUGGUUACGAGCUUUUAAUACUUCUAGGAAUUAUCAUGUUGAAAAUCUCAUCCUAACUUCUAAGAAGAAGGGUUCAAAAGUAUUAGAAAAGACAAAAGAUUCCAUCACGCAUCAACAAUCGAACAAAUCGUGUCUCCGUAGGAAAUCAGUCACUUUGAAAGGGGUAAAUCAGCUCAAUUUUCUCAUCAUCAGAAGCACAGAAGUUGACGAAACAAAAUUUGCAUUGCAAUCGGAAAAUUUCUCGUGA